GACACCGCCGCGGGCGGGAGGAAUACGCAGGCGCCUUCGAGAAGCGCCAGAUCCUUGAACUCAAACACCGCCCUCGACGUAGCACUACGCAGGCGCCAACUAGCACCUUUGCCAACUGCCCACCCCUUUCGCUGCGGUCGCUGGAGACACCCUCCCCGCCGGGGGCUAACGCGCAAGCGCCGUUCUUCCCCCACUCGCGGUGGGCUGUCUCGUUACGCAUGCCCGGGCGGCGGCGGGACACUCCACGGAUUUUGCCGCCGGAAGUUCGGCGGCCAUUACCAAAGAGUACGGGCUCGGCGGGCCAGCUAGAGGGGCUUGUUUCCGCCCCGCUCCCGCGCGGCGGGCGGCCAUCUUACGUGCGUGCAAUUUAGGGCUGCGGCGGGAUUGGCUCCGCGUGUGGGGUCCGUGCGCGGCUUCCCACCUACCAGGGCCGGAUCCCGAGCCCUUCCCCGCGGGGCGGGACCUCGCAACGGCCGACUCCUGCCUGACCCGGCGAAGGGUAACCCCGCUGGAGAAACCCCUUGAGUUCUGGGAAUAGCGACUCCGUAUCAUGGCCGGCAGCCCUCAUGAAGAUGCGGAAGGAAGCAGAGUGCGUAGCGACUGUUAACUUAUUGGUGAACAGAAAUUCAGAGUAAUUGAGAUCACUUAUGUGAAAGGAGACCUUUUUGCAUGCCCCAAAACAGACUCUUUAGCCCACUGUAUCAGUGAGGAUUGUCGAAUGGGUGCUGGGAUAGCUGUCCUCUUCAAGAAGAAAUUUGGAGGGGUGCAGGAACUGUUAAACCAACAAAAGAAAUCUGGAGAAGUGGCUGUUCUGAAGAGAGAUGGGCGAUAUAUAUAUUACUUGAUUACAAAGAAAAGGGCUUCACAUAAGCCAACUUAUGAGAACUUACAGAAGAGUUUAGAAGCCAUGAAGUCCCAUUGUCUGAAGAAUGGAGUCACCGAUCUCUCCAUGCCCAGGAUUGGAUGUGGUCUUGAUCGUCUGCAAUGGGAAAAUGUAUCUGCAAUGAUUGAGGAAGUGUUUGAAGCAACAGACAUCAGAGUUACUGUGUACACACUGUGAACAGAUGCACACUGUGGAUGUGUCCAUGAUCUCCUGUGUCAUCCCUACUGGACCAUAGCACUGGGCGAACUGACCUUAAAACAGUCUAAAGAAAGUUUCAUGUGAAGUAGUCUAUGUCACAGGCCAGACUUUGGUUGCUGUGUUCUCAUGAUGAGACUGGGACUCUGGAGGAGGGAUUGCUUGGAAAAUGUUGAUGUGAUUUUUUUUCUUUUUUCUUUUUCUUUUUUUUUUUUUCCUUUUUCUUUCUUUCCUUUUUUAUUUUUUUUGACAGGAAAGUAACGAGUAGAAUGCCUCAUAUUAGGCAAGGAAACCGGAUAGUUGAUUGGGCCUCUGACCAGUUUUGCUCCAGGAUACUACCUGACUUGUUCAGCUUGCCACUAGGUGGCAGCAUUGAUUCUACUUCUCUGCUGUUGAAGAGAAAUUACAGAAAGGAUGAAUAUUUCAAGUAGUUUUUCAUCUUUUGUCAUUUGUGAGACUGUUUGAUAUUAUCCCUAUGUCAUAUCCUAGGAGAGAAUUCUGGGUUUUGUUUUGUUUAAAUUACAAAAAUAAGUCUUAACGUUGUUAAUAAGAAAUUUGUGGUGAGAGAAAAGGAAGAAUAAAUAUCUUUUUCUUGGGGGUCCAUUGAGGUUCUGUGCACACAUCUGUUCUGGACCUGGGUAAUGGAGGAUUCACCUGUAACUUAAUUGGAAAGAGUCAGACAAAAGGUCCAGUGGGCAGAACAGGGUGGGAAGAAAAACAGACCAGAACUGUGGGGUCAGCAUUACUGGAAAGUUGGGAAUUUAGGAUCUCAUGGUCAACUCUUCCUCUCUUCUGUCCACCACAUAGCUUCUACAGUUGAAUGGGUCUGAAUUCAGUCAUGGGACAAAUGACAUAAUGUACAUUCAAUGCCUGCUAAAUUGCUUAGGGCAGAGUAAUGAGUCAAAUCAGUGGUUCUCAACAAAAUCCUUAUGAAUCUUCUAAGAAAAAGGGCGACUUUCAAAAAUUCUAGUUUGGUAGUUUAGGGUGUGGAGAUGGCUUGGUUUCUUUGUGCUAUGAAGCUGCAGAGAAUUGUGAUCAUGCAGUCAGCUGGGAUGGAAAACAGUACAUGUUAGUCCCCUUCUCUUCUUAGGUUAAGAGAGCAGCACUUUAUCCAAUCCUGUGUUUACAGUGUAAGAAUAGGUUCCUGGAUUCAUAUCAAAGGUAUUGGGAAAACUAGUGGAAUUCUUUUUUACCAUUACUAUGAUCCUAAGAGUUAAAAUGGGUCCCUCACUGGCUCAGUCGGUAGAGCAUGAGACUCUUAAGAUUGGGGUCUUGAGUUCAAGCUCCACAUUAGUUGUGGAGCCUACUUAAAAAAAUAAAAAGUUGGGAUCCCUGGGUGGCGCAGCGGUUUAGCGCCUGCCUUUGGCCCAGGGCGCAAUCCUGGAGACCCGGGAUCGAAUCCCACAUCGGGCUCCCGGUGCAUGGAGCCUGCUUCUCCCUCUGCCUGUGACUCUGCCGUCUCUCUCUCUCUCUGUGUGACUAUCAUAAAUAAAUAAAAAUUAAAAAAUAAAAAAAAAUAAAAAUUUAAACUAGCCAGACCUCUUGAUUUCCUCGCUAGAGUGAAUUCUGGGUCUGUCCUGGGGACUUAACUGCUUUCCCUAUUGUAAAAAGAACUGGGUUUCAGAAGGGGCUUGUUGAAACACUAGAAGAACACUGGUUAAAUAUAAUCUUUGUACUUUAGACUCGUGUUCUUAUCAUACUGCAGUGUGAUAGGAGGCAGCAGUUUCAAGAAGUA